AGAGUGCUUGAAAACAGUUUAUUUUGGCGACAGCUGUUGAAUAGAAGUAACUUUUCAAAAUUCACUUGUUAAUCAUUACUAAAAGGUUCAUACUCCGUUAAUAAUAGCAAUGAAUUUUUUCAAUUUUUUGUCAAUUGUAAUAACUAUAUUCAUCAUAGCCUCAACUCAGCAAGUAUGCGCCAUCAAAUGUUGGAGAUGUUCAUCGGAUGCAUCGAAUGCCGCAUUCUGCGCUGACCCAUUUGAUGCAAGUGGCAUCAGCGAACAACAAAGGCGCUGGAGCUACGUGGAAUGUACAUUUCCACCAGGCCAAUUAAACCCAUACAGUCAACCGUCAGAUCAAAGAGCCGUGUGCAAGAAGGUCGUACAAACUGUUAAUGAUAAGCGCGUUAUAUCUCGAUCUUGUUUCUGGGAAAAAAUUGGUGCUGCGAAGGACGAGUGUUUGAAUAAUAAUGUACCACCGUAUAUAAAGACGGAAUUUUGCGAGACAUGCGACACCGAUGGUUGUAACGGUGUAGACAUGAACGAAAAAAAAGAGGAAACCAAAGAUAAGUCAUGUGGAUUUUGGGCAUGGAUUCGUAAUUUUUUUCAUUGCUGAUUUGUAAACAUUAAUAGAGGAUUUUCUCUUGUAAGAAAAUGGACUUUUAAUUUUCUUCUGAUUCUUCGUCGAAAAAAUUGUAUAAA